ACUUAUUCCAGAGUCAGUUGAACCAAGAAAUUAGACAGCGUUGCUCGAAAUCAAAUUGUUUUAUUUUAUUUAGCGGGAUUUGUUAUUUUAUUUUUUUUCAUUGUCUCGUUUAAUUUUCCUCCAUUUUUACACGCGCGUUUAAGUAUACGAUACAGUAGAGAUAAAUAUACAUUUAUAUCCAUACGUGCAUACAGUAUAAUUAUUUAUUUAUUUAUUUAUUUAUUUAUUCCUAUUGUUUUAAAAAUAAAAGUUUCAACGCACGUACAGUACAGUUUUAGCUCCGCCGCGCGCGUUUUUGCAUGGUUUAAUAUCGUCAUAAUAUACGGUUUUAAUAAUAAUUUAUUUUAAUUUAUAUAAAAUAGUGUGUCCCGACGAUAAUUGAUUGAAAAUUAAAAAGGGAGAAAAAAAAAAAACAUGGAUUACUCGCUGUUCAUAAGCGAUGUGUCGAAGAGGAGGAGAUCGGCACCGACCAGAGAAAUAACCAAAAUCGCGUACUCGGCAGCGGGAAAAUUGAUAUCGUUGGCGGAAGGGAUGCCGAACGAAGAGACGUUUCCGAUAACCGAAAUAAAUUUGAAAUUAUUGGACGGUUUGAACAUCACUUUAAAAGGAGAUGAACUCGGAGCUGCACUUCAGUACAUACCGAGCCAAGGAUUCCCCCCACUACUCGAGACGAUAAGAGAUCUUCAGAAAAAAUUGCACUCGCCACCUUUGUGGGAAAUGCGCGAGAUCGUAAUAGUGGCAGGUGGACAAGACGGACUGAGCAAAGCAUUGGAAGCGAUAGUGGAACCGGAAGAUCCAGUUUUGGUACAAGAUCCGUUUUACGCCGGUGCGGAAGUCGUGCUCGCACCGCACAAGGUGGAAUUACUGCCGGUCGCCCAGGAUGAAUUUGGCAUGGUUCCUUCGAUACUGCGCGACGUAUUGGAGGGCAGAAGAUUGCUGGGUAAAAAAAUGCCGAAAAUAAUGUACAUCAAUCCGACAGGGGCGAAUCCGACCGGCACCGUGUUGCCGAUAGAAAGAAGGAAAGAAAUCUACAGAAUCGCCUGUGAAUACGAUUUUAUCAUAUUGGACGACGAUCCCUAUCACCACAUGUACUUCACCGACGAGGCGCCGAAAUCGUUUUUAUCGCUGGACACGGAGGGUCGAGUGAUACGACUGGAUUCAUUUUCCAAGGUUUUGAGCAGCGGUUUGAGACUGGGAUUUAUAACGGCAGCGUCACCCUUGGUCGCUAGUAUAGAAUUACACAUGCAAAGCAGUCACUUGCACGCCUCAACAUUAUCACAGGUAAUUGCUUAUAAACUUUUGAAAAUAUGGGGUCACGAGGGUUUAAUGAACCACUUUAAAAGGAUACGAGGAUUUUACAAACAACGCAGAGACGUCAUGGCCGGACUCGCGAAGAAACACCUUCACGGAUUAGCUGAAUUCGCGGUACCGGGGGCGGGAUUCUUUUUGUGGAUAAAAGUAAAAGGCGUGAGUGACACAUGGAGGAUGGUAAUGCAGAGGGGAGUAACCCACGGGGUGCUGUUCGUACCGGGAGCUGGAUUUACGGCGGAUCCGGAAAGACCUUGUAACGCGAUAAGGGCGUCAUUUGCCAAAGCGACUUACGACGAGAUGAAUCAGGCUCUGGAAAGGCUUGCCAAGAUGAUAAGAGAGGAAUUAGCGGCAGCGGGUAACUGUCCAGUGAUCCAAAAUGGAAAUACGUAAAUUUUUUGGGAUGCUGGGUCACAAAAACCAGACUUACGCCUUGUUUUUUGUUGCCGACAAAUUUUACGCCCACUUUCAUUUUUAUCUACUGUAGAAAAAAUGAGCUGAUCACCCUGGUAGUAUUAGCCCUCGAUAAAAAAUGACGUUUUGAUUCCAAUUCGUCGUCGAUAAACUAGGGAACUCUUUUAUCUCUCGAAUGCUUAUCUUCAAUUGGUAGCUCUAUGCUGCAAAUUAUUUACUAUCGGUAAGAAAGUCUUUGGAAUUAUUUAUCAUUGGUAAAGAAAUCUUUGAAAUUACUUGUAAUCGGCAAGAAUAUCUUCCAAGUUUCUAUAAUUCAAGAUUCGGAUAACUCGUCGACAGUCGAACAAAUUGUUAGAUGGUAAAUUUGAACGAAACGGUAGACGGGUAAAUUAAUCGAUCAAUAAAUAUUGCCAGAAAAUUAAAGAGUCGAUAUCACUUCGUUAGCCGAAGUGGGGGUCUUCGUGGUUUUGUUUCCCGUUCAUGAAAUGAAACCAAUUAUUAUUAAUCUAUAUAUAUAUGAUCGUUGUAAAUAGAAAAUAUACCCAUAUCUUUUAUGUA